UCCUCACUUUUCCCCCUAUUUUUCCUAUGUUUCUUAUGCAUGCCAUCAACUGAUUUACACACUCUCUCUCUCUCUCUCUGUUGCAGUACUACGAGAUGUCGUACGGGCUGAACGUGGAGAUGCACAAACAGGCCGAAAUAUCGAAGAGACUGAACGCGAUCAUCGGACAGAUCCUGCCCUUUCUGUCUCAGGAGCAUCAGCAGCAAGUGGCGACCGCUGUUGAUAGGGCGAAACAGGUCACGAUGACGGAGCUGAACUCCAUAAUUGGGCAACAGAGACCCGAUAUAUCAAGAUUGCUGCAACAAAUGCAUGCUCAACAACUGCCGCCGGGGACGGCGCUAGGCGCUCAUCCAGGGCUACCCGGACUUCCGGGACUGGGACCAGCUGCUGGACUUCCGGUGCCAACUUCCGCCUCCGCCGCGCUUCUUAGCCUUGGCUUGACGCCGGGGGCCGCCACUGCACCCGGCACAACAGCGGCUCAUCCGCUAUCCAUGUUGAGUAAACCGGAAUUGCAUCGUCAGCCCGACGAUUUAAAGAGCAACGGUGGUCUCAGCUCGACCGAGGAGAGACACGUGAGUAGAAAAUAUUUCGUUCUUAUUUUUUUUUUCGUUUUUUUUUUUUCUUUCUUUCUUUCUUUCUUUUUUUAUCUUCUAGCCUCUUUUGCGUUUCAUCUUGGUGGACUUAACACUUAG